CCCCUUUGUUGUCAGGCUAUUACAUUCCAAAUAUGGCGACGCUUGUAUGUUCACGGACGGCUUCGGCUAUUUCAUGGAAGCGACUGGAGUCUCUUCGCGAUAAUAUGAUGGAUUGUGUGUUGUAUUUUCCCCAACGUUUUUAAUUGAAAACAUCGAAUGGGUGUCAAAACAGGAAUCCCUUAAUAUGAGUGAUGAUAAACCUUUCCAAUGCACUGCACCUGGCUGUGGACAGAGAUUCACAAACGAAGACCACUUGGCUGUCCACAAGCACAAACAUGAGAUGACCCUCAAAUUUGGUCCAGCAAGGACCGACAGCGUCAUUAUAGCUGACCAAACUCCCACGCCAACACGCUUUUUAAAGAACUGCGAGGAGGUGGGGCUCUUCAAUGAACUCACCAGCCCGUUCGACCACGACUUCAAAAAAGCGAGUGAAGAUGACGUUAAAAAGCUGCCGUUGGAUUUGUCACCCCUAGUGACCCCGGUCAUACGCAACAAAACCGAGGAGCCCGCGGCUCUGGAGGCUCAUCGAGGUAGCCCGCUGCCUCACCCAGAAUCCACCACAAAUGAUGACAAGGACUUAUCUUUGCAGCCAGCCUCACUGCCAACAUCCACUAUAGUCCAUCCUGCAUCCCUCCAAGUUCCCAAUGUACUCCUAGCAACCUCAGAGGCUAAUGUUGUAAUACAGCAAGCGCUCCCAUCGCCAACAUCUAGCUCUGUUAUUACCCAAGUCCCGUCCACUAAUAGGCCUAUAGUGCCAGUGUCUGGCACCUUCCCCGUGCUCUUACAGCUGCCCAACGGCCAGACCAUGCCGGUCGCCAUUCCAGCAUCCAUUACCAGUUCCAGCGUACAUAUUCCCUCUACAAUCCCACUUGUCAGACCUGUCACCGUCGUGCCUAAUGUCCCCGGCAUCCCCGGACCCCCCUCGCCACAGCCCCAGCCCGCCCAAUCAGAAGCAAAACUGAAACCAAAAGGCUUGCAAAGCCAGCAGCUUCCUCCGCUAACCAACGGCGACGGCGGUGAAGUUCAGAGCAGCGCCAUAACGCACACUGCUGCUCCCGCUUCUCCAGCCCCGAUUCUAUCCCCUUCACCCUCCACAUCAUCGCUCGCUCUGGCCCCUGCCUCUAACCUGCUUGCCCCUGAAGAACCCUCCGCACAUUCCCUUCAGCAGCCCGCCACCUCAACCACGGAGACACCUGCUUCCCCGGUGCCCCCUGCACAAAACCCUCCAAGCACAGGGGGUCGGCGGCGCAGAACGACCAGUGAGGACCCAGAUGAGAAGCGACGCAAGUUCCUGGAGCGAAACAGGGCAGCAGCCUCGCGCUGCAGGCAGAAGAGGAAAGUGUGGGUCCAGUCCUUGGAGAAAAAGGCAGAUGACCUCAACUCCGUGAACGGGCAACUCCAGAGUGAAGUCACCCUGCUGAGAAACGAAGUGGCUCAGCUGAAGCAGCUCCUCUUGGCUCAUAAAGAUUGUCCCGUAACCGCCAUGCAGAAGAAGUCCGGCCAUCACGUCGCCGUCACCGUCAAGGACGAGAGCUGCGAGGAGAUGUCCGUCCCCGGCAGCCCCCAGAGCGAGGCCAUCCAGCACAGCUCCGUCAGCACCUCCAACGGCGUCAGCUCUUCCUCCUCCUCAGCCUCAGCCGGCCCCGCCCUGACCAACCAGAGCACAGACGAGAGCAUGCCACCAAGCGGCGCCACCCAGUCUCCGCCUUCAGGGAGUUGAUCAUCACAAAAGCGGAGUUGAGUGCUCUUUAGUGUCACACACACACAUACACACACACAUACACACACACAUGAAAGGGAUUGUCCUCUUGCCUCACUUUGGACCAUACGCUUUUUAAUUUAUUCUUCUUGCACUUUUAUGUUAAGAGAUGAAGAAAAUAGGCACUUUUUAUUUACGUAUUUUAAAGCGUUCUUCAUUUUAAACGUUUCAUCUGAAAGGGAUGGGAUGGACAUCAUUGCUACACCAUGUUGAGGCUAAAUGGAGUGCAAUGCUUUUCUGCAACCAGCAGAGGCGCUGUUGACUCCGAUACUUUAUUCUCGAGAAAAACUAUCGGGAAUACAGUCCAUUCUAUUUUUAACACAGCGCUCGCUCCUCCACCAUCAAACCCUUAUGCUAGCUUCACGUUCUCCGAUUUUGCAUCAACAUAAAAGUGCAAUAUAAGUGAUUAUUCUAUAAGAUUCAGCUCCAGUGCCCUCCUCUUUUCUCUUUGUUUGCCAUUUUACCUUUGCCACACCAUAAGCUCUAAAUAUGCCUCACACACUUAAAGUAAAGUAAAGUACACUUUAAAGUAAACACAUUUAAAGUAUAAAAUGCGUAGCAACUCACCACUCAUCAAUGAUAAUAAAGAUGAUGGAUGAACACAUGGAAUGGGAGCCUAGAGGCUAACGAUGUACUAAUUAAAUAAUGAGUUUAAUUAAUAUAUUAAUUUGUCUUCACCUCACUGCAAGCGUUGACUAUCCAAGCUAGUGCUUUGUUGCCACACACACACCAAAAAAAUGGUGCAUUCAAGGACUGCCAAACAAAGUGCAAAAUCUCAACGCUUGACGCAACAAAAAGUGAAUCAGUGAGAAUGAGCUUGUGUUCACCUCGCCGACUGUCGAGGCUAAUGCUAACGUAGCCAAACAAUCGUUACAGCGCAUUCAAGGACCGCCAAAAAAAGUGCAAAAUCUCAACGCUUUAAUGAAAAAUCAUCGCAGACACAUUAACUUGUGUUCACCUUGCUGAUUGUCCGAGCGAGUGCUAAAGUAGUCAAAUAAACUUUUGCAUCUCACGGCACACAGCUAUGAUGUGUUCAAGGACUGCUGCCCAAAGUGGGAAAUUUUAACGCUUAAUGACAAAAAAAAAACAUGAUCAGUGAAACAUAAAGACAUAAACAUGUAAAAAUGGUGGACUUUUUUUAACAUUGGCACAUAGUAUAUGCAGUACAUCCUACCUGUAUUAUUAUCACCUACCGUAUUUUUAUGGUGCAGAAAAAACUGCCUAUAUGAAAUACAGAAAUUAUACAAAAAUUAUAAUGUGAUUUUUCUAUUUUUUUAACAAAAAAUCAUAAGUGUGUAGGGCUCCUAUUGUAUUAACGUCAGCUAUGGCACUAACACAAUAUAACAAUGGCAUGGAAAGAGGAGUUCAGAACUAAUCUUUAAGAAAUCAUUGACUAAUCUGCCAUUAAGGUUCUUUUUAGUUUAGCCCAGGGGUGUCCAAACCGAGGAGGUGCAUACAGAAAAUCAUAUUUAAUUAUUUAUAUAUUUAUUUAUUGGCUUCCCAUCCGUAGUGCAUUUGUUUCUUGGAACAACGGCAUGAACAGAGUGAGACCUUCUCUGAGUCUGGGUGGGUGGAGGAGGGGCCGCUAGCAUGCACACAGAGUGCAGGAGUGGAGCAACGCAAAGCAAGAAUUGAAUUGGUAGAUUGCAAUAUAUAUUGCAUGUAUUUUUAAUUAUGAUGCCCAUCAAAACAUGUCAACUUUAUUCUUUUUUUUUUUAUUUAAAUUUGAUGUUUUUGCUGUUUUUUAGUGUUUCAUUUACAUUUGCCAAUUAUUAACUAACCUGGGGUCACAUUUUGGACACCCCUGUCGCAGUCCAAUGCCCAUCCCGAGCCAUUAUUGUUACCAAAGUGUGUUUAUUUUCCCAACAUGAUUGAAGCAAUCACCUUUUUGGACAAUUAAGGAUGCGCUUUCUGUGUUUUUGCACAUUUUGACAAAUGUCGGUGUACUGUUUUUUUUUAAUAGGAGUUCAGAUAUCCACACAUGAAGUCGUGGCAGCUGUAAAUGUCCGAUUUUACAAUAGGACGACUGUAUGAUUAAUAAAUGUCGGUGGCCGGGGUUGAGCUGUCGUUGCAUUGUGCAUUUAGAAUGUGAAGACACGCCCCUCGCCUGUUAAACGUAGUGCGUUCUUUCAUCAACAUUCCAUGCGUAGCGGUCGAUUGUUUCCCGAUUCGGUGAUUGUAGGCCUCGUCGUCACGGCGACGUCCUCCUCAUUCAACGCCAUUCAUGUCUUUGCACGGACGGUUAGCUGAGGUUUUCGCAGAUUAGCACUGUGAUGAAGGGGACUAUGUCGCUUUGCAGAGCGUUUGCUGUGGAAAAGGACUGUAAAUAGCUUCAUGCAGCACAGCCCAUGCUCUUCUCAUGGAAAUCAGUGAUGCAUCGUACUGUAUGUUGUUCAUGUUGUACCUGAUCUUUCAUAGGAUUUCAUAGGAACCGUUCAGAUAAUAAUAAUAAGUAAGAAACUUACUACUGUGUAGUCAUCCGAGAUAAUAUUCUUUGAAAUUGUUGAUGUGCAUGGGGGUAAUGAUUCUCUGCGAGAAUUCCACUUAGAUCAUUUUUCAGUCAGAUAAAUAUCACCAAAUAAGAUUUGGAGUUUUAGUGAAGUGGGUGUGAUGUCGUGUUGAAUGUGUAUUUGUGACUUGUGGAAUUUUAAUUGAUAAGUUGUUGUAAUAAAACUUUUAAUAGCUCUUUCAGAUUCAUGUUUUUGCUGCUUCUAUAUAUUGGUCACCACUCUUUUAUUACUAUGGAUUAAUAAUCUGGAAGGAUUGAUCAUCUAUUAUGUUACUGUUUUAUCAUUGUCAUUUUCUUCAUUUUUAUUAAAACCACAAAAUAUAUCGAUUAAUAUGCUAUGAUAAUAUCCUUAGUAUGGUAUUGUUUUUUUUAUUAUUAUUUUAUUAUUAUUUGUCUUUGUGGAUUGUCAAUUCUGUUGAAAUCAUGACUAAAUAUAUCAUGC